GGGUUCGGAGGGUUUGGUUUGAGCAACAGAAAAAAAAAACAUGGGGGAUUUCAAGCACUUGGUUAUUGUUAAGUUCAAAGAUGAUGUGGUGGCGGAUGAGAUUAUAAAGGGGAUGGAAAAAUUGGUCUCUGAUAUCGAUUCUGUUAAGUCCUUUGAAUGGGGACAUGAUAUUGAGAGCCAGGAGACGCUUCGACAAGGCUUCACUCAUGCUUUCUCGAUGACAUUCAACAAGAAGGAAGACUUCGCUGCAUUUGCCAGCCACCCUAAACAUCUGGAAUUUUCUGCAACAUUCUCAACAGCCAUUGAGAAGUUUGUUGUGCUUGAUUUCCCUUCUCUCCUUGUCAAGCCACCAGCAUGAUCUUAUAAGAAGUCAUUUUCAACACAUCCAAAAAAAAAAAAAAAAAAUUGGGGAACUAUCCAUGAAAAUAGUAUUAAUUAAUUCUAUGCCACUUGUUUGUAUUGUAUGCCUACUGAUAUCUGUUUGUUUGUAAACCUUGCUUUAAGUGUUUUAUGGAGAUCAUAAGUUGAAGGAAA